AAUUUCAUGCCACCAAGCAUAUCUGUUAUGUGUUUGUGGAAGUUAUCCUUUCCCUUGUAUUAAGAAAUCUUAAAGCGCCAUCAAACAAGAGAAAAAGGGAAAUUGAGAAGAAUUUGAAGCAAGAAAGGAAUACUAGAAAGUUAAAAGUCACAGGAAAAACAUCAAAUGGAGAGCUCCUUUUAACAUGAUCACCAAAAAAAAUUCUAAAUUUUCAGUUUAUUUCUCCUUCAAGAAAUGCAGUAUCUUUGUUUUCAUUUACAUUUUCUUGAUAAUCUUGUUGCUCGGAAAUAUUGCAGCAGUCGUUCUCUUAAUCUUGAAGCCACGAAUGCCUGUGUUUUCUCUCCAAAAAAUUGAUGUUGAAUCUUAUAAGAUUGAUGUAAAUAACUCGGACCAAAACAUAUUUGUUUCAUCGGUUUCAUAUCUGAUUUUGGAUGCAGAAAAUCCAAACAAGGUCAGGUUAAGUUAUGGCCCUUCAAGGUUUCAUGUCCUUAGUGAAGGACUAGUGAUAGGAUUGAUCCGAAUCCCUCAGUUUCAUCAGCCUCCGCUCAGCAAAAAUGUAAGCGUGCAGAUGCAGUUAUCGUUUGAAUGCAUGAACAUUAGCCAUAUGAUCGCAUCUGCAAGAAAUUCAUCCAAAGAUAGCAAUAUUUUCCAGAUUAAGAUAUCAGGUGAAAUCAGAGCUCAGGUGGGGAUUCUGAAUAUCACAUUUCCAAAGCUGAAGAUAGCGUUGGACUGUGAAAUAAGUACAUCGCAUCUUUCACUUCGCGAUGAAGUGUACAGCAUGAGAUGGAUUAAGAACAAUAAUAUGAUUUCGCUUCCUCUGAAUUCCAAUGCAUUCUCCUACAAGUGUUCUUUGGGUAUUUUGAUGUAGUAAAAGAAAGAGUGAUACCCGAUGAGAGAUAUCAUACUCGAACCUCUGAGUUAUCGACAGAUAUUAAACUAUUGGAAAUCAAAUCAUAUUCAUAUCGAAUUCAUAUCAACACUGUCCAUACUUAUGUUAGCUUUCACUCAGUAUAGAAACUCAUGUACAUCAUUGUAUACUGCAAGAAAAGAAUAUAAAUGUUUUCUUCUUUCACUGCCAAUGAGUAAUAAAUAUAGGUAUUACAAUUUGUAGUG